AUGUUAACAGCCCCAGAGUCCGGGGAGGAUUUGUUUAUGUACCUCUCAGUGUCUGACCAUGCCGUGUGUGCUGUGUUGCUAAGGGAUCAAGGAGUACAGCAGCCAGUGUAUUACAUAAGCAAAACCUUAGUAGAUGCCGAGUCGAGAUACCUGCCCCUUGAGAAGCUAGUUUUGGCACUAGUACACGCCACGAGGAAGCUGCUGCAUUACUUUCAGUCUCAUACAGUAUUUGUCCUCACCGAGUAUCCCUUGCAGUCGUUGCUAAAGAGAUCGGACUUCACGGGCCGAAUAGCCAAAUGGGGAACUCGUUUGGGUUUGUUCGACAUAAGGUACCGACCGCGAAGCUCAGUAAAGGGACAGGUUCUUGCUGAUUUCAUUGCAGAAUUUACCCCUAAGAGCGACGGGAAGAUAAUCUGUAAUGCGGAGCGCUGUCCGUGGAAAGUGUUUGUAGAUGGCGCUUCGAAUGCUAUGGGGGCCGGAGCUGGUAUUGUCAUCAUCACCUCGGAGGGCAUACGAUUAGAACACUCCUUCAGAUUAGGAUUCAAAGCCUUAAACAACGAAGCCGAGUACGAGGCCUUCUUGGCCGGGUUGAGGGCCGUAUUGUGUUUAGGCGCGAAAGAUGUUGAGAUUUAUUCGGACUCUCGGCUGGUCGUUUAUCAAAUCAUAGGAAGCUUCGAAGCUCGGGACUCUCGGAUGAAAGCCUAUCUGAGUGCAGCUAAGCAGAUCAUUGGCCGGUUCGGGACAGUGAAGGUAGCCCAGGUAGGUCGGGCACAAAACAGACAUGCCGACUCGUUGGCCACGUUGGCUUCAUCCUCUACCGAGAAUAUACCUCGGCUGGUCAAGAUAAAGCUUAUAAGGGAGCCAAGCAUCGAGGUGAAAGGUGAUGACAACCUAGCUGGGGUUGAAGUUGCCAUGAUGUUAAUGGCAAAUCCGUGUUGGAUGAACCCGAUCAUAGACUUCAUAGCCGAGGAUAAAGUUCCGGACGAUGAAAAGGAGGCCAAAAAGAUCCGUCGGGUGGCUUCUCGGUACUGGCUGUCGACAGAUCGCAAGUUGUACCGGAGGUCUUUUGCAGGCCCUUACCUUUUAUGUCUACAUCCUGAGAAAGUGAACGAACUUCUGACCGAGCUGCAUGAUGGAGUGUGUGGUGGCCAUGUCGGGGGAUGGUCUCUAGCGCACAGGGCCAUGACUCAGGGGUUUUGGUGGCUACAGAUGCAGAAGGAUGCCGCGGAAUACGUCAGGAGGUGUGAACAAUGCCAAAAGCACGCCCCUCUGAUCCACCAGCCGGCAGGUCGUCUAAACCCCGUCAGUAGCCCAUGGCCGUUCGCACAAUGGGGGCUAGACAUCCUCGGCCCGUUUCCCCGAGCAACAGGUAACCGCUGUUUUGUAUUAGUGGCUGUGGAUUACUUCACGAAGUGGGUGGAAGCCGAGGCCUUAGCCAACAUUCAGGAUAUCGACGUGAAAAUGUUUGUGUGGAAAAACAUAGUCACAAGGUUUGGGGUACCGAACUCACUAGUAUCAGACAAUGGGCUACAGUUCGAUAGUAAAACUUUCCGAGCCUUCUGCAGCGAUCUCGGCAUUAAGAACAAGUACUCAACCCUGGUAUACCCUCAAAGCAACGGCCAAGCUGAGGCAGUGAAUAAGACGAUUUUGAACGGGUUGAAGAGGAGGUUGGACGGUGCAAAGGGAAGAUGGGUUAAAGAGCUGCCUAACGUUUUAUGGGCUUACCGUACGACUCCCAGAAGAUCCACGAGUGAGACCCCUUUCUCUUUGACAUAUGGGGCGGAGGCCGUAAUACCAACCGAGGUGAGCUUGUGCAGUGCACGGGUCGCAGGAUUUGACCUUGCCCAGAACGCCGACCUGAUGAUGGAGCGCUUGGACUGGUUAGAAGAAUGCCGGGAGGCCGCAACCAUACGACUCGCGGAGUACCAGCAGAAACUGUCCCGGAGAUAUAACCAAGAUGUAAAGGGGAGGGAAUUCAGCGUCGGGGAACUGGUUCUAAGGAGGGUCGUGGGAAAUAUGCGAGACGUAGCUGCUGGGAAGCUUGCUCAAACAUGGGAAGGGCCGUACAGGAUUACCGCCAUCGCUGGCGCGGGGGCUUACUACCUGGAGGAUCUUGACGAGAGGCCGCUCCCUCGGCCAUGGAAUGCUCACAAUUUAAAGAAGUUCUACCCGUGA